UGCACGACCAGUUCCACGUUUAUUUCUUAUCCCGGUCUCGAGUUUCACACACUGAGAUUGGUUAUAAUUCGUCACCGAUAUUCCGUAUAUAGAAGAAAAUAUCUCUGAGGGAAGAAAACCUGCUGCCUGACAGAGAGAAAACAGUAUAAUCAUGAAGAUAGCGAUUCUCUUCUUCGCGGCCAUUUUAGGGACGGUAGUAUCGGCACCGCAGGGCAGCCCGAACGAAGUAACCAUCGUACAACAGGAAGAACAUAACAACAUCGGAGUCGGCGGUUACAAAUACAGUUACGAGCUGAGCGAUGGCCAGAAAAAGGAAGAGACCGCUGAAUUGGUGAACGAGGGAACCGACGAGGAGAGUUUGGCGGUAAAGGGCAGUUUCACUUUCGUUGGUCCCGAUGGGCAAACCUACGUGGUAACCUAUACAGCCGACAAGGACGGCUUUCGGCCUGUUGUCCAGCAUUUACCCAAGUAAAUGAUACGCAGUCUUGUCCGAUUCGAAUUUAAUAUGAUCAGCGAAAGAGCAUAAAUUAACGAUUUAUAAAUCUAGCCAAACUUCUGCUCAUAUUAUACUACGACAGCGUGUUUUUUAUUUAAUUGUAAGCUUAUACGGUACAUUCGGAGAAUGCUGUGCAAGUCAUGUUACAGAGUAUUGCGUACGAAUAAAUAGUGCAUACUUUUUGU